CAAGUGUUUACAAGUUUAUCUCGAGUUCUCUCAAUCUUAUUCCUCGAAGAUAACAUUUUCACAAAGUACACAGCGCGUUUUGCUUUUGCCGAGCUCAAACUACAGUCAAAAGUUUACACGUCUAGAAACUAUUCAACCAAGACUAUAAAUUGGUUGGAAGGUAUAAGCAAUACUGGUAAAGAACGCAUUUGUCCAGGGCGUCACAUUCAACAACAAGAAUGGCAGCCUAAAUGGAAUGAAGAAUUCAGUAGACGCAAAACUUACGAUCACAUCUCUGACUACGAAUGUCCUUUUCCUUUCUCAAGACAUAAGUCUGAUCUCAGAAUACUUAGUUCAAACGAACGGAUAGUUUUGGAGUCUGCCAAACAGCAAGGAUACGCAAUUCCAAUAAAAAACCUAGCACAUCACACAAGUAAAGAAGCUGAUAUAAUUAGAUCGAAAGGAUUUUUGGGCGGAAAAAAGAAGAUCAACGAGACAAGUGGUGAGAGCGUAUAUGCUUAUCUCUCUUGGUGGAGUACAAUAUUCGACGAAAAUGUUGUCCGUAAUUUGCAAGAUCACAUGAAAAAUUGUUUCUUGGAAUUGAAUAAUCGCAAACUCAAUGACAUAGAUGUGAUUAAGAAUCAGUUUGGAGCUUCUGAUGCAUUCUUGCCAUAUACUAUUCGCAAUCAAGGUCAAAGAUGUUCCCAUAGCUUUAUUUAUUCAAUCGGUGAGCUAGUUGAGUCCUAUCAACAACAUGUUGGCAGGGCCGAGAAGAUCGAGUUUAGAAUAUUGGGAACUUUUGCAUAUAAGGUAAAAGUAAUGCACACCGUUCUAGUAUGCAGUGAAAGCGCAGGGAAGGAUCAAUUUUCAAAAUACCCACUUAUACCGCAAAGAAACAGCGUCGUGACGAAAGAUAACGAAGGAAAAUGGAUGUGGUAUCCACAGGCAACAGGAACAAAAAUAAAGCGUUUUGAUAGCAGGAAGAUUUUCCCUAUGUAUAGACGUUAUGAUUGUGUGUCUUUUGCAUUUCAUGUGCGACACGGAGAAAUAUUUAAGACCAAUGAUGUCGAUAAACAUUCAAAGAAACUAAACAAUUGACCACUUCAGUAGUUCAAAGAAUCCUUUUUCUCCCGUCUAUCUCUAAACAAUGAUCUACUUACAUGCAAAUGGAUGCCAAAGAAACCUUUAUGAUGAAAGCAAUGAUUCUAUCAAUAUUUUUACAGUUUCCGUUUGGUAAAUUCAAAAAUACAUGAAGCUGUUUUUGAUUGACAUCGUAUGAUUUCAAAAGUAAAUUGUUAUAACUUAAAAUGACCGGGACUUCUAAGAAUUGUCUAGGAAAAGCAAUAUCUCAGUCAUCGUAUCAAAUGGCUUUCGUUCACCGCAUACUUCAGACAAGCAAUUUGUAACGCACGAACACAUGUAACUUUAAAAUGAAGGAGUUCUUGUGUUAAAUAUUCUGUUCUAAAAGAUCUUGAAUAUCAUCAUGCUCAAAAAGUAUGCUAAUUUUGACAUGCAACGUCUGUUAUUUAACAUACGAACAAAAAAAACAUUUGCGUUCACCUUCACUUUCGCUUUCAUGUUGCCACGAUAUUAGAGCCUGCUGCUACGUUUUAAAUACAAUACAGUGCAAUUUUUCAAGUUAGUACCAAUUUCCAAGAAAGUUGGUCAGUACGGCAUGAUCAUUGCAUUAACAAUUGAAGCUGCUAGAAAUUCAUAGCUGCAAAUACUAAUUUUAUUUAUUACAUCUCGCCCAAAAUUAUUAGCAUAAAUAAUCAAUUCUCAUAGGAAAUCGAAAAUUUACAUUUUUAUAUAUUAGAAGAGGUCAAGACCUUCUCGAAAGCAAAAGGUAGCUUUGUACUUUUUAACAACGUAAAAUAGAUUACCCUAUGUAUAAAACACAAUAUUUUCAAACGCAACUUCUGGUUUAAAACUUUACUCAAAGGAUGGACAAGCCAACGAAAAACCGACAAACCACCUGCUUAAGAAAAGUCGCAUAAUGAAUUGAACCAAUCAUAAGGAUUGGAAUCAUUACGCAUUUAACGUAUAUAGACGCUAUAUAUUUAAGUCGAGUUUCUUUCCUUUGAAAAGAAAGUUUCUUUACAAAUUUGAUGUCUCUCAUCAGUGUAUUGUAAGGAAAUGAUGUCCCUGAAAAACUACAAGAUCGCUUAAGGAAGCUACUGUCCAAAUUUUGGGAAAGCUUCAAUAGUAAGUGAGCAUUCAUACAUGACGAUUGUGUUAUUUUACUGCAACCCUAUGAGAAAGCAAUAACUUACCUAUAUCUAUUGCUCGUGAAAUAAUUUCGAGGAUUACUCAAUUUCAAAGGUUUGCCGUUAUUGAAAGUAGAGACGUUUCUGCACAUAACUUCUUUACAAUGAAGAGGAAGCACGGCACAAUGGAAAAGUGGUUAAUUGGGGAAGAAAGUGGUAAAGGUGAAGAACGCAUUUGCCCAGAGAGACAUGUGACUCAAGCAGAAUGGUGUCCUUCUUUGACCGAAGACUUAAGAAGCAAAAAAAAACGUCGUUAUGACUACAUUUCUGAUUAUGAAUGCCCUUUUCCUCAUCCCAUCAAAAUGACAAAAUUAUGGGAAAAAGGCGUUUGUCAAACGCAGUGGAACGCCUUGCAGAAAGCAAAACAGCAAGGCUAUGGUAUUCCCAUUGAGAAAUUGGCGCAUUUCACGAGUGAAAACAUUUCAAAUUCGAUCAUUGAAGACGGAGGUUUUCGAGGUCAAAAGAAGAAAAUAAACAUGAAAGGAGAGGAAGUUGUAUCUGCCAACCUGUCAUGGUGGAGUCCAGUUUUCCCUGACGAUGUCCCCGAAAAACUACGAGAUCACUUAAGCAAACACUUGUCAAAGUUUGCUGAGACAGGGGUGGACAAUUUUGAUGACAUAAGAAGUCAGUUUGCAACAUCCCAAGCGUUUCGACCAGAAGAAGGCGAUACCGAAUGUUACUUUCAAUUUCCCAUCCCGUCAAUAUUACGUCACUAUAGAAACUACAUAGGGCUGGAAAACGAUCUCCAGUUCAGCAUCCUUGGGACCUUCCUCUACGAAAAAGAAAUAAUGCACGCCGUCCUAGUAUGGAGCAAAGCAAUAGAAGGUCAUGAGCAAUUUUCCAAAUACCCAGUAAUACCAGAGAAAGAGAGCAUCAUAACAAGAGAUGAUAAUGGUCGUUGGAUGUGGUAUCCACAGGCAACGAACGGAGAGAAAAUCAAACGAUUCAAAAGAUUCUCCGAAAUUGGUGAGGAUGCUCUCUGGGAAAACGUGGCUUUUGCAUUCUAUCUGCGUCCAAACGACGUGUUUAAAAUCGAUUUAAAAGGACAAUUGUGCACUUUAUAAUAAUCUCUUUUUCAAAAACGAUAGUAGAUAGCAAAUACCGAGUUCUUAAUUUCUUAUUUCUUCCAACUACGUUAGAUGAUUUUUGACGCACAGAAAAAUAUCACAGUAUUAAUAAAUUAGUAAUGGACGUAAUGCCAGCGUUCCUAUACGACUGUAUACGAAGGUAAGAAAUUAAAAACGAUUGGCCGCCAGUAUGGUAAUCUUAUAAGCGUCAAACUCAAGCACUUUCAAGCACAUCUUAUUAAAUUGAAGUACUUUUAA